AUGGCGACCUACCAGGCAGUCUACGACUACAAGAACACCUCCAGUGCCAUGCUCUCGUUUCGCUGCGGGGACAAAUUCACCGUGAAGAAAAAGACAAAUGACGAUUGGUGGGAAGUCGAGAGUGAAAAAGGGGCCACUGGACUCGUGCCUGUAUCCUACCUCGAACUACUAGAGGACAAGAGUGAGACGGACGGAGGGGGUGGGGGAGGGGUCGGAGGUGUAUUUACGGCUCUGUACGAUUUCACUGGUCAGGACGGCACUCAGCUGAGCUUCCAGAGAGGAGAGAAGCUAAAGUUGGAGGCUAAAACCGACGUCUCCUGGUGGACAAUGAAGUCCCUAGCAACCGGUCUCUCCGGCUACGUCCCCCUCAAUUACAUCGACGUUCCCGUGGAAACAGCCACUAGCCCCGCCCACACUACCAGCGGAGCUACUACCAACACUCCCGGGGAUACCACGACGUCCGGUAGUCAUGGUGACACGAGGCCACACCCCCACGACGGUGUGGGAGAAAACGAGGCGUUGUCAGAGGUUCUGUUGUCAGUGGACAGAGCAAUGCAGAAGAUCCAUGACGAGGCCACGCUACAGGGAGGCACCUACACCUCUCAGCAGAGAGCUGCCCUGCAGCAACUAGCCACCCACAGAAAGAGUGUGGUCGAAGAAAGCAGCUCCCUAACCCAGCAGCACACUGCAAACAAUCACCAGCAACCCUCACCGAAAUCACACUCCCACAAGAACGCCACCCCCUCUCCCUCCCUCACUCACUCAUCCCACGCAGGACUGACUGUAAAUGGAGGAGCUACCACUGCUAACCCCAUUACCGCACAUUCUAGUCCCCGCCCUCGGAGGAAGGCCCCGGCUCCGCCCACAAACCACACACCCCUGAGAGCGGACCACUUCAGUUCUCUCCCUCGCCGGUCGAAGUACAACAUGAAGGGAAGUCGCUCUCGUGAAGAUCUCGUUGGGGGAAGCAAUAAUCAGACAACAUUGCAGGAUUUUGCUGGUCUUCGCGAUCGCUCUCAGACGCAGCCGCAGCACGCAAUGUCCGCGGUGCGUCGAGUCCGGUCCGGCUCCCAGCCCAGCUUGGUCCCAAUCCAGAACCACACGGGGACAGCUGCGGCGAGCUCGACCUCGCGACCUCCGAGUGCAGGGAAAGUCCCCUCACCGUCUUCCUCUCCGUUAAAAACCAGGACACCUCACUCCUCCCCCCAGCAGUCGAAUCCGUCGUCUCCUCAGAAGACUCAUCAUCAACAGCAACACAACCACCACCAGCAGCAGGGGAGGAGGAGGGUGUCGGAGCAGACUGGAGGCCAUGGCGUCCAGAGAACUCUCUCCUCGACCUCUUCGUCUUCUCUCACUGUUCUGCCCAGUCAGGAGAGUCCAGGGAAGUCAGCGGCAAGUCGUAGCAAGUCUUUCGACAUCCAUCACCACCCAGUGGCAGCUGGCUCCUCCUCCCACACGGUGGCCCCGCCCCCUUCGUCUCCGUCACACCAGCCGCGGCGCCCUGCUCCAGUCAGAACGUCGUCGGCCGGCACUCCCGAGGAAAAGAAAAAGAUAACACUCCCUCCAGGUCUGAGUCCGAGGACGUCGCCACUGACUCAGCGACGCACCGUCUCAACCACCGCUCUUCCCGAGAUUGCCACACCCAUGACCACACCCCUCCCCACCCAGUUCCCUGCUUCGGACGGCGCAGACUUGAUAGAAGUAGUCCGGACAAGAACGCAGCUGUCGUAUGCCAAGUCAGUAGAGGCAGUGAAGGGUGUGUUGGAAAUAUUGAGGGAUAAACUCCCGGACUCCUGCGGUGCUACAAUGGGCGCUCUUCUCUCAGCUGUACACGCUUCACAGGCUAACACGUCUCCCUCGAGCGCUCGAAAGGUGGACAGCAGUGCGGACACUGCGCGACUGAAGGAGAUAUUCUUCCAACUGAGAGAUGUGAGGGAGGACUCGCAGCAGAGGGGCUGGGCAGUCCACGAUGACCUCGGAGUAAUCAUGGAGUACCUGUCUGAACUCCUCCAGAUUCUGUGUGACGCGGACCAAGAGGUCACGAGGGCGGCAGUGAAGGAAGACAAGUACGAGAACAUUCUGACACUCAUCGGCUACUACGACAUCGAGUCCCGGAUCCCGAUCCGACUCCUGAUGCUGCAGGUGUUUGGUGUCCUCUGUGGGAUGGACCGAGAGAUCAUCAGCAUCUUCCUCAGCUCCAUUCUCCCCAAUGAGCUCGGCAGAGACAUCAACAACCGCCUUACAGAGAUUGAGAAGACACUGUACUCCAGUACUGUGUGUACCAUGAUCUUCUCCACUGGAGAGCCCGUCCCUCUUACCGUCUAUGACCAAUGGAACGAGGAGUACAUCUCCUUCCUGUUGGACACCAUUGAGACUCCACCUGAACAAGACACAGACGAACAGCUGCCCGACGCCUUCCUCAACGUCCUUCUCUCCUUCAACCAACACUUCUCAGAUCCAGAGACGAAUCCAGUGAUGAGUGUCCUGAAGACGAAGAAGGAUCCGAGACAUUUCAGCGAGAAGUUCAUGUUCCUCAUCAACCGAGGAGAUGACCCAGUGGCUCUCCUGGACCCACUCUGUCCAGACUCACUCACCAAGUUUGCCCUCGACGUAUUCUCCUCUCCGGAAACUUCCGGAAUGUUCUACACCACCGACCUCAUGGUACUCAUCGACAUCGUCCUCCGCCAGAUCAGUGACCUCUGCCCCGGGCGACCAGGCCACUAUCUGGAACUGCUGUAUCGUUUGGUGGGGAGUACAGACUACAGGUCCCACGGCCACAGACAGAAGGAGAUCACGGUGGUCCUCAACAGGAUCUCGCAGGAGGAGGGAGAGGAGAGCCUCCCGGACAAGGAGCUGGUCAGGAAGAUAUGGGUCAGCCAUCCGGGCUGCUUCGAUGAAAUCACUGACCUCUAG